AUGGCGGAUGUCGAACCUUCUCCAGCGGGCGUGGACCGCCUCGAGGCCGCCAUUGCCAAACUUGUUGCAGCUCAACUCCGCCUUGAAUCCACAUUGGAAGCCCUUCUUCUAAAACUGCCUCUGAGAACCAACCACCACUACCCAUCUUCUUUCUCUGUGCAGUCACCACCGUCGACUUUGCCUUCUAAGCUAACUGUGCCUCCAUGCCCCGUACCAAUGCAACACAACCAAUCACCCUUGCCGACUCCGCUGCCCACGCCAACUUCGUCACCCAUGCCGACUCCGUCGCCCAUGCCGCCGUCCAUGCCGACUUCACCUCCACCCCCCGCACUCAUACAGUCGCAUCCCACGCCCUUGCCGACUCCGCUUCCCAUUGUGCUCGUUCCCCUCCUUGCUAACAACAACCCCCACGCGUCCUCUGACCGUCGCUAG